UCAGACGGCGGAUCUGAACCCCUCGACUAAGCUCCCCCCUCAGUCUCCGCAGCCUCCUCAAACCCCAGCCACAGACUUGCGCCCCUUGCCCAAGCCACUCCCCCGCGCACCCUGGGUCCCAGCCUCCGCCUCCGCCCGGUCGCCCCCUGUCCUGUUCCCCGCGAGGUCUAACCCAGCCUGCGAAUUCCCGGCUCUCGCCCCAAACCUUCGCCCCGCCUCCCCGGCCGGGAGGCACCCUGCUUCUCUCGGUGCCCAGCCCCGCGCGCCUCCUGGCUCAGCCUUCCUCCCCCUCGUCCCCGCCCCUCCAGCCGCUCCCGCUCGGCCCCCGCACUCUGGCCGCUCGAUUCCAGCCGGGAUUCGAGCUCCCGGGAUCUCCUUUCCCGGGCCAUCCCGAACCAGCUAGUCUCCAGAACAUGUCCCUGAGUCGAGGUGAAACCAUGACGAGGAAAUAGAGCGAGGAAUAAUGCUUUUCCGCAAUCGCUUCUUGCUGCUGCUGGCCCUGGCUGCGCUGCUGGCCUUCGUGAGCCUCAGCCUGCAGUUCUUGCACCUGAUCCCCGUGUCGGUGUCGGCCAAGAAUGGAGGGAGCGGCAAGAGUCGGAAGAGGAUCAUGCCAGACCCCGUGACGGAGCCCCCUGUGACCGACCCCGUCUAUGAAGCCCUUUUAUACUGCAACAUCCCGAGUGCGGCCCAGCACAGCAUGGAAGGUCACGCCCCGCAUCAUUUUAAGCUGGUCUCUGUGCAUGUGUUCAUUCGCCACGGAGACAGGUACCCACUGUAUGUCAUUCCCAAGACAAAGCGACCAGAAAUCGACUGCUCUCUGGUGGCUAACAGGAAACCAUACCACCCUAAACUGGAAGCCUUCGUGAGUCACAUGUCAAAAGGAUCCGGAGCCUCUUUUGAAAGCCCCUUAAACUCCCUGCCUCUUUACCCCAAUCACCCGCUGUGUGAGAUGGGAGAGCUCACGCAGACAGGGGUGGUGCAGCAUCUGCAGAACGGCCAGCUGCUGAGGGACAUCUACCUGAAGAAGCACAGGCUCCUGCCCAGCGAUUGGUCCGCGGACCAGCUGUACCUAGAGACCACCGGGAAGAGCCGGACCCUGCAGAGUGGGCUGGCCUUGCUCUACGGCUUCCUCCCAGACUUCGACUGGAAGAAGGUUUAUUUCAGGCACCAGCCCAGUGCUCUCUUCUGCUCCGGGAACUGCUACUGCCCAGUGAGAAACCAGUACCUGGAGAAGGAGCAGCGACGCCAGUACCUCUUACGUUUGAAGAACAGCCAGCUGGAGAAGACCUACGGGGAGAUGGCCAGGAUCGUGGACGUCCCCACCAAGCAGCUCCGGGCCGCCAACCCCAUCGACUCCAUGCUCUGCUACUUCUGCCACAACGCCAGCUUCCCCUGCACGAGGAACGGCUGCAUCGACAUGGAGCACUUCAAGGUGAUCAAGAUGCACCAGAUAGAGGACGAGCGGGAGAGGCGGGAGAAGAGGCUGUACCUGGGGUACUCGCUGCUGGGGGCCCAUCCCGUUCUCAAUCAGACCAUCAGCCGGAUGCAGCGCGCCAGCGAGGGCAGGCGAGAGGAGCUCUUCGCCCUCUACUCCGCUCACGAUGUCACUCUGUCACCCAUCCUCAGUGCCUUGGGCCUCUCGGAAGCCCGGUUCCCAAGGUUUGCAGCCAGGUUGAUCUUUGAGCUCUGGCAAGACAGAGACAAGCCCAGCGAGCACGCCGUCCGGAUUCUGUACAACGGCGUGGACGUCACAUUCCACACCUCAUUCUGCCAGGACCACCAAAAGCGAUCUUCCAAGCCCAUGUGUCCCUUUGAACACUUGGUCCACUUUGUCAAAAGGGACAUGUUCGUGGCCCUGGGUAGCAGUAGUUCUAACUAUUACGAUGCAUGUCACAGAGAGGGGGUCUAAAAGGUCCACGAUUCCGCACUGUAGCAUCUUUGCCAGCUCUGAGGGCUGGGAGAGGCCCGCCCCACUAGCGUUCUGUGUUGCUAGGGUAUAUAGAAUUGUUGAUGUGUAAAGGCUGCAAGUUGUGUUCGGGAGCCACAGAGUGCUUGGGCUGAACAGGAAGCAGAUUGCGGUCCUCUGGUUCAUACGUUACUUGGUACAAAAAGGUCAGUUGGCCAAGAAAAGGAGGUACCUAUCAUAGCCAGACUUUGCUAAAAAUGCCAGAAUCAUGUGGCCGAUGCGAGUUUGCAUUCUCCUUGGCUGCCAUGGUAUUGUAUGAUGAAACCAGCAACCCUCACCCAACAUGUUCUUAAUCUCGGACAAUUUUACUUAGUCCUUAACCCGUGAAGAAUUUUCCCGAAGUGAUUGAGCUAAAACAGAGGCUGGUAAACUUUUUCUGUCAAAGGCCAGGUAGUCAAGACGGUAGACUGAACCAAAAGGCCACACGCAGUCUCUGUCACAGCCACUCAUGUCUGCCUUUGUCACCUGAAAGCGGCCACAGGCAGGACGUGGGCUGUGUCCACAGGCCCUGCAAGGGGAGUGGUGGCCAUAUUUGGCUCAGGCUGCAGCGUGCCGGCCCCUGGUCUACACCGCAGGCUCCACUACAGUUGCACUUCCAGCACUUUGAGAACCAGCUGAAUAUGGAGACUUAUUCAGUGGUUCCUCCAGUGACUUCUAGAAACACAGAAUUUAGUCUGUAUCUGACACUAAACUCCAGAGGAAAUAGACAUCGCAUCAGAAUGGAGUGUAGAAACAUGACUAGACUCACGUCUGACGUUCACGAUGAUUGUGGUACGAGGUAGUUUGAAGUACGUUUUAAACAUUUGUCUGCUAUGGUCUAUUUGCUGUCUACGCUGAAAUUUUUGUACCUUAUUUAGUAUUUUUUAUAGGCUAGGGGAAUAUUUUCUAAGACCAGUUUUAGAUGUGCUCUUAUCCUGAUAGAAAUAGUCACUUUACCUGUUUGAUGGUUAGAAGGAAGCCCGAAGCCGAAUUCAGGUAUUUUCUUCCCCCCCAAAAAAGAAACUAAUGAUGGUUCAUUCCGCUUGUCAAGCUGUAGGAUUGGAUCAAUUUUUAAAUCAUUUUCGUCCGAGUCAAAAGAUAAAUUCUGAUUGAUUUUUAAAUACAUUUUUGGAAGAACUUUGUUACUAGAUAGAUAAAGAGUCUUUAUAAGGUAUUUUGUAUAUUAGAAGCAAUUGCCAUUGAAUCUGUGAUUUCUGAAUUCAUGGUGCUCGUUCUACUCUAAGAAAUGUCAAAGUGCAAGUGAGAUUCUUCGGCGUGGUUGGCAUUCCAGCUCUCUCUCCAUUUCUGUCCCAUGUUGCAUUUCAUUAUGUCUGUUUCUUAUAAUAAAUUUUUGAAGAAUACUGCA